AUGAGCAUGGCACUCGAGAACUACUUUGCAGCUUUGAAACUCGAAAGAGGAGUAAGCAACUUCGCUCUCGUUCAAGACCGUGCAAUCCGAAGAACCAGCAGGCCUACCCCCAAGCAAAACAGCGCACAACGAACUCUCAAGGACGCACUAACAAGAACAUCCGCUACAAAGUUUUCCAUGGAUGAAUGCGAUGAGCCUCUCUUUUGUCCUACGCGCCAAAUAAGCUCCGACUUUUCAUCCCAAAGCUUAAGCGCUGAUGACCUUGAAGCUCUGAUGAACCUAAGCUCUGAUUCACUUGAAGCGCUGGUGAACAUCGAUGACUCUUAUCGCACACCAUCUCCAGACAAAGUUAAUGUUGCGUUGGACAAAACAGCAGAUUCGAGAUGGUCGUCCGCAGAAUUACGAAAGCAAAACGACUACCUUGUACAUUCACGUCUCGCGAGCAACAUCAGAGCGCAACCUUGGAGAGGAGGCGCAUUCCCCUCUUCGGCGUGA